AUGGAGUCGCCUCACCUUCUGCACAGAUUUUUGCAAGACAUCCAAGCAUCCAACACAGCAUUCCAGGUCCAGAAUGUAUUCAGGAUGCUGCAGAAGAAAGCCAACGAGAGGUGGCCAGAUUCUGGAAUGAGAGAUUCCAGUUGUGAGGAUGUGCUGUGGACAGACAAGUACAGUCCUCGAUGUGCAAAUGAAGUUAUUGGGAACAUCCUCCAAGUGAGCAAAUUGCACAAUUGGUUGAAAAUGUGGAAACUGCACACCGCCUCAAGUGAGAAUCGGACAGUGAAGCAACUAAAAAGUGAAGAAAAGUGCAGCGGAAACAUUUCCACGCAAGACACAUGGGAUUGUGGAGACUUCCAGGGCGAUGUUGGCUCAAAGGAGCCCCAUGAGGAGCCGCUGUGCAACGCCAUGCUCAUCACGGGGCCUUCAGGCGUGGGAAAGACCGCCUCGGUGUACGCCUGCGCACAGGAGCUCGGCUUCCAGGUGUUUGAGGUGAACUCUUCCUCCCAGCGUAAUGGCCGCCAGGUUCUGUCUCAGCUAAGGGAGGCAACACAGUCCCACCUGGUGGAGAUGACUGGGAAGGACCCUCUGAAAGCGGCCUACUUCAGCAACUACAACACCAGAGGAUGCACCCCGACAAGUGAACAUUUAGCAGGAGGCAAAUUGCAACCUCCCAGAAAAGUUACCCUCCGCUCAAAAAAACAGACAUUUGGUGGUCAGAGGAGCACAGGAACGAAAAGCUCAACUGCUGUCACUCUAACAAACUUUAAGAUGAAGGCCAAAGCAGAUCAAAUGUACGGUCUGUUCCCAGCAGACACACCACAUGACAAACUGAAACAGCUUUCUGAGUAUCAAACGACACCGCAAAACACAAACGGAGCCACAUCGCUCAUCUUAUUUGAAGAGGUUGACGUCAUAUUUGAAGAUGAUGUCGGUUUCUUGGCAGCAAUCAAGACGUUCAUGACGACCACUAAGAGGCCAGUGGUUCUCACCACUAAUGAUCCUACGUUCAGAGAGCGAUUCGGUGGCAACUUGGAAGAAGUUAUUUUCAAGAAGCCAUCCGUGAACCUCUGCAGUUACCUGCAACUGCUGUGUUUGGCCGAGGGUGUAAAAAUGGACACGGAAGACGUGAGAAGUCUCGUCACGCUUACUGCAGGCGACGUCAGACGUUGCCUUCUCCAGCUUCAGUUGUGGGUGAAGAGCGGUGAAGGUUAGUGUGCGUCUCUUGGAAUAGACUUGUAUUCAUACUUCUGGUUCAAAGGUGCGACUAUAGAUGGACAAGAUGCCAAACUUCCCCAGUGUAGUGAAGGUUGCACUAAGCGCAUGCUGGGUCUACAUCCUUUGAGUCGAAAUGGUCUGCUGACCUUUCUGAAGAAUUCAUCAUGGACUGAAGCUGACAUGAACAAGCUGGUCGAAAGCUGGAGAAGAAAUUUUCCUCUGCUCUACUCCAACCUGGACAUACUUAUACCCUUUAGGUCCUACAAAGAAAAUUCAGUGCUCCAGUCUAAGUUGACAGCAGUAGACAUAAACCUUGUAAGGCAUGGACAUCGCUUAAACAGCAUGACGCCAUCUGGAUCCAGUUUGACAUGCAAUGGACACAGCAGCUCCUAUUGUCUGAAGGCAACGCAAUAUCACAGGACGGAACAAAGUGCAGCCAAUGUACACUUGAAAUGUUUGAAUGCUCUAGCUGAUUUCUCUGAGCUCAUGUCAUACAUGGAUGCCACAAUACCAACAGCAGAAGCACUUGAUCCAGCUGCAUGCGCAAGGGAUUUUGUCUGGACGGGUGCUGUCAUUAAAGACAGUUUGUUAGAUGAAACAAGUGAGGUGGAAGAGUGGAGUUACAACCAAGAGAAGCUGUUGGAGAUUCGGGCUUUUGUGGAAGGUUUGGGGUGUCGUAGCAUGUGCCAGAGGAGGUACAAGAUGAGCCAGGCAGUUUUGAACAGUCAGCCCUUUGGACUGCUGGGAAACAGGCAGGCUAUAUUCGUCGACUAUAUGCCAACCCUCCGCUCCAUCAGCCGCUCUGUGAGGCAGCAAAAAGGCAAACAAGCCAGAUGUGUGAACUACCUCCGAAGCUUACACUUGGGCCUCUCAAAGUCAGUACUCCAACUCUUGGGCCAAGAUAUCUCAAGCACUAGUCUGACAGUCUAA